UAAUUGUUGGUAAUGUUUCUGAACCUAUCUCAACUCUCAAGUCAUUACACAUCUGAGAAAACAUUGUUUGUGGAAGAUGCAAAAUUCAUAUUUAAAUAGAUGAUUAUACUGUAAAAAAAAUUAUUAGAAACAACAUUUAGAAAAAACUGAUAUAAAUAAUAAUCAUGCCUAAGAAAUUUGUUGGCGAAAACAGCAAAGCUGUUGCGGCUCGUGCUCGAAAAGCUGCCGUUAAAGAAUCUGAAAACUCAAAAAAAGCUCAAGAAGCCGAAGACAAAGCGUGGAAAGAUGACGAUAAGCAAUUAUUAAAGAAGAAACAAAAACAGGAGGAGACGGAGAAGAAACGUCUGGAACAGUUACAAAAGAAAGCAGAGGUCAAAGCUCUUUUAGAAAAAGAAGUAUCUUCCAUUAAAGUUGGUGGAAAGCAACCAUUAGCGAAAGUCACUCGGGCAGAAAUUAUGGCCGAAACUGAAAAACGUAAUCAAGUUGUAAUGAAGAAAAAAGAAGAGGAGAAACCAAUUGAGGAGAAUCUCAACCGAAUUAUUCUCGAGGGCGAAACAGCUCACGGAAUUGACGAGGCCCUCUCUGUCUUGAGUGUAAAAUCGCCGGAAGUUGACAAACAUCCAGAAAGAAGAAUGAAAGCAGCCUAUACGGCAUUCGAGGAGAAAAUGAUGCCGAUAAUAAAAGAUCAAAAUCCAACACUAAGACUUAGCCAAUUAAAACAAAUUUUAAGGAAAGAAUGGAUGAAAUCGCCCGAGAAUCCCCUCAAUCAAAGACUCCUGAAUAGCUAGUCUUUAAUUUUAUUUCUAAAAAAGAAACACUGGCAAAUUGUGCAUAUAAAAACGACUGAUUUUAAUUUUCUUUUAUUCUCUUAUUUAAAAUUAUUAUCAUCGCAUCAUCAAAUGGUUGAGAAAUCGUCAAGGAGUAUAUAAAUAGUAAUUUAAUCUAUAACUCAAUUUUUUUUCGUUUUGUAAAUUAAUAAUAAUUUAUUACUCGGUACCGUAAAAGUCGUUAAGUAUAUAAACAUUAUUAUUACUUUGGUACAAAUUACAACGUGCGCACUUUAAAUAAUAUUUUUUACAUUUGAAAAAAGGUAUUUUUUUUGCCUUUUUUGACACAAGAAUUAUUACGAUGUGACAAUUUUGACAAGUGUCUUUUUUUGUGACACUUUUUUGUGUGUCUUUCGUGACAUUUACGGCGUCACUUUUGUGAAAAGUGGCAUUCGACUCAGCGCGCUUGUAAAAAAACAAAAAACAAAAAAAAAAGAAAUGGGGAAAUUAAAAAAGAGUAUUAUAUCAGAAUGUACAAAAAAAACGUGAACUAUAUCUACCUAUCUACAGAUUUUUUCGUUAUAAAAGUCUUUUAAGUUGGUACAGUAAAAAUAAUUUAUGAAAACAAGAA